CUCAGUCCAACGUGGUUCCUUCACUCAGGCUGCUGGUCCCUUUCCUUCUUACACUUGUUGGAUCAGUCACUUUGAGCCCAGGCAGAAGAACAUUUGACCCUCUGCUAAGCUAUUUUACCCUGGAGUAGCUUACUCAUCUGUAUAGUAUUCAUGCUAAGAGCAUUAGUAGAGCAAAGUAAGACCAACGUGGAAACAGUGACGGGCUCUUCCUUGUAUACCUUCUUCUUGGUCUACAACUGAAGCAUGUAAGCAAGACAGUGUGGUUCCCUCUCCUGAUAAAUGUAAAAUAUUUAUGAAGAAUCAAAAAUGAAUUUGGAACAAGAGAGGCCUUUUGUCUGCAGUGCCCCAGGCUGCUCACAGCGCUUUCCAACAGAGGACCAUCUGAUGAUUCACAGACACAAACAUGAAAUGACUUUGAAGUUUCCUUCACUGAAAACAGAUAACAUGUUAUCAGACCAAACUCCAACACCAACCCGGUUCCUAAAGAACUGUGAGGAAGUGGGACUCUUCAGCGAGAUAGACUGCUCCUUAGAGCAUGAGUUUAGAAAGGCACAAGAAGAAGACAACAGUAAAAGGAAUCUUCCAAUGCAUAACAGUGUGGGAGGAGCAAUGACAGCACCAGGGGCGCACCAGCUCUCUAAUCCCAGGAUGCCAAACCAUGACACCAGCAUUGUGAUUCAACAAGCCAUGCCAUCACCGCAAUCGAGUUCAGUCAUAACACAAGCACCUUCCACGAAUCGGCAAAUUGGAAUUGAAGAUAAACUCAUCCGAUGCAAUCUUUUCAAACCUGUCAUUUUGAAGGUCUCUAAUAGCUUAGAAGUCAUUAAAGGGCAAUUUCUGAAAGUGAUUAGAAAGCGAGGCUUAAGAACUUAG